AACUCUUUUUGAACCGGCAAAAUUGUAAAUUAAAAUUCCCCGGAAACAGAUAAAUAAAAUUAUUUUUACACUCCAGUUAUUGAGUCUUUCAUUGUUUUCCUGGGGCAACCGAGUGAUUGAUUUGGAUACAGUUUCUUUGUAACAAUUGUGACUCGUGUGUUUGCCCGGAUGGCGGGUUUGUACUAGCGCUAGCUUCAGUUGCAUGUGAUGUUUGCGGUCGGUGUGGCGUUGUUAAAUCGGUCUGUCGACGUAUUUCAAUUAAUAUCAUAAAUGAUGUUGACUCUCGGACCAAAAAAGGACGGUGGACCAAAUUCUAAAUUCUUCGAAUCACCAGAUGUACUGGCACAAUUGGAUGGAGUCAAACAGUGGCUUCUAAAAAACUGCAAGAAAUAUGUCGCAACAGAUCCACCAACCAACAAAAGCUUAGCAGCCCUUGUGAUUCAACUGAUCGAGUUUCAAGAAUCCUAUCUUGGAAAAAAUGUUUCUAAACCCCCGCUCACGAGGCUUCCAAUGAAAUGCUUCCUAGACUUCAAACCGAACGGUGGUCUCUGUCAUAUCUUGGCAACAGCUUAUAAAUUCAAAACGGAGCAGACCUGGCGUAAAUUCGACUUCAAUGUUCCAAAAUCUGGCUCUCGGUUAGACCGUAUCGUGGAAAUGAUGAGAGUAGCAGAGCGUGCCCUCGUCGAGAACCGGUGUCUCAGCUUACCCUGCAUCUACGUGCGUCCAGAAGUGGAGAAAUCAACAGCAACCAAGGUGAAAGACUCAGUGCGUCGUCACCAGGGGACAAUAGUGGAGACUGAGACCGAAGCAUCCCACAUAAUAUAUCCAGCAGUAGAUCCAACAGAGGAGGAGUACGCUCGUCCUACGAUACGUCGUGAUCGUUCAGUUAUGCUUCACUGGUACUACUUCCCGGACAGCUACGACUCCUGGACGACAUUCGAUCUGCCCAUUGAAUUUCCAGAAGGUGGUUUUGGUGUUUCCUCCCAAAAAUCCACUUACAAAGUCACAGCAACAUGGGCAUUAGAUUUGGAUCAAUAUAAUGAAUGGAUGAAUGAGGAAGACUAUGAGGUGGACGACAGUGGACAAAAGAAGGUUCACAAGUACAGACUCACAGUGGAGGACUUGAUGUCUCAGCCCUCCCAUCCCCCCUCAUCCGCAAAGAAACCGAAAAGAAAACGUUCACCGAGUCCACCACCUAAAAUUGGCAAACGAAAGAGUGGUCGUGCACCAGGACUGGCGGCAGGUUCUUCAGCUGUGGCGACACCCAAGAAGGCACGAGGGGGCGGAGAGGAGGAAGAGGAUUUAACUCAGGGUAUGGAGGAUCCACCAGCGGAGCCAAGAAUCGUUGAGGUCGUUUCAAAUCCAUCGAACCCCCCUGUCUCUGGCCAAGGUGCAACUGGUAACAUGACAUCUGGUAACAAGAAACAGGAUUCCGAACUUCAGCCUUUGAAAUCGGGAAACAUGGCUGAUCUGGACGAGCCACUGGACUGUGACAAAGGUUCACAGAGCACUCAGGAUCGCGAGGAGAGGGAUCACAGCAAAGAGCGUGGCGAUAAUAAGGAUGAACCUGAGGACAAUGUUACUGAGCAAACCCAUCACAUUGUUGUUCCAAGUUACUCAGCCUGGUUCGAUUACAAUUCGAUUCACACGAUUGAAAAACGAGCGCUAGCUGAAUUUUUCAAUGGAAAAAAUAAAUCUAAAACCCCGGAGAUUUAUCUAGCAUAUAGAAACUUCAUGAUUGAUACUUACAGAUUGAAUCCCACUGAGUAUAUAACGUCAACAGCUUGCAGGAGAAAUUUGGCUGGUGAUGUUUGUGCUAUUAUGAGAGUACAUGCCUUUUUGGAGCAGUGGGGAUUGAUAAAUUAUCAAGUUGACGCUGAAUCUCGACCGACACCCAUGGGACCACCACCAACAUCUCAUUUCCAUGUACUGUCGGAUACUCCAAGUGGCUUGGCACCAGUCAAUCCAAAUCCACCAAAGACACCUCAGCCGUCAGCAGCUAAGACUCUUCUGGACUUGGAGAAGAAGCCAAUAAUAACACCGGAAGAGAAAGGUGCUGUCGGGGCGAUGGCCAACUUUGGAUUGAAGAUUGAUCAGUAUGCCCGUAAGCCAGCAGUACUCAAGAAUAAACAGGCAGCAGGUGCCACCAGAGAUUGGACAGAACAAGAGACUCUCCUUCUUCUUGAAGGUCUUGAACUUCAUAAGGACGAUUGGAACAAAGUGUGUGAGCACGUGGGAUCAAGAACACAGGACGAAUGUAUUCUUCACUUCUUAAGGCUGCCUAUUGAAGACCCAUACCUUGAAGAAGGCGGCCCUGAGGGUCUGGGCCCUCUGGCUUAUCAACCAGUACCUUUCUCCAAAGCUGGCAAUCCAGUCAUGUCGACUGUUGCAUUCCUAGCUUCGGUGGUGGAUCCAAGAGUUGCUGCCAGUGCGGCUAAGGCUGCGAUGGAGGAGUUUGCAGCUAUCAAGGAUCAGGUGCCAGCAGCUCUGCUUGACCAGCACUUGAGAAAUGUCCAAGCCAGUGCGAAUGCCGAUGGCAAGUUCGAUCCAGCAGCUGGGCUUGCACAAUCGGGCAUUGCUGGUACCGGACCACCUGAACCACCAGAGGAUAGCAGUAAUGCGCCAAGCGCUGCUUCAGCCUCUCCACCAGCUGUUGCCACCCCUGAUAGUAAGAAAGACGAAACUGACAAACCGAAGGAUGCCGAAACAUCUCCGCCAGCUUCUGUAGUAGCUAAGAAGGAAGAAGGGACUGAAACGGAAGUACAAUUGGAGAAAAUGGAUAUUGAUAAGGAAGGUGAGGCUGAGAGUAAGACCAAGGCUGAUAAUGCCGAGGAGCUUGAGGCCAAGGAGAAGAAGGACAAAGUUGUUAGGGAUGCUCAGUUACAAUCUGCUGCUGCUGCAGCACUCGCAGCAGCUGCUGUCAAAGCUAAACAUCUGGCUGCUGUUGAGGAACGAAAGAUAAAAUCGUUGGUUGCAUUGCUAGUGGAGACACAGAUGAAGAAGUUGGAAAUUAAACUUCGUCAUUUCGAGGAGCUGGAGACGACGAUGGAGAGGGAAAGGGAGGGGCUAGAGUAUCAGAGGCAACAGUUGAUCACAGAGAGACAGCAAUUCCAUCUGGAGCAACUCAAAGCUGCCGAGUUCAGGGCACGACAGCAGGCGCAUCAGAGGUUAGCUCAAGAGCAGCAACAUCAACAACAGCAGGCCCAGCACCCACCCUGGCAGGGACCUCAAGCACAACAACAACCACCGAGUCCACAAUCACAGGGGUCACAGCUGCCACCUCAUACACCACCUCAGUAGGCGUAACAUGACGAAGAGGAGGGAAAGAUAUUGCGGGCAUGAGACUUUUGAAGACCAUGAUGAUAGCUUUUAUUGAUUCUCUUCUCAAAUUCAGUUAUAAAAAGUGUGGGUGGACUCUGCAUAGUCUCUUAUUUUUUUUUCUGGGUAUUGGUCCGUAUGUGGUGAAGUCUCAUUGGAGUUUUCUUUGCGUAUUUUCAGGAAUUUUCGAGGAAUAUUUGUCACGGAUUUUUUUUUGCAAGGGAUAGAUUAGGUGCAAUUUUAUACUGCAGGUUGGAUAAGAAUUAGAGGACUUCUUGUUCAGUUUAAUGAUCGUUUUUGUCUGUGUGUUUUUCCAUGUGAAGCAUGCAUACUGUGACAAAUAAUUUUUGAAAAUUUCCAACUUUGAAUUUACCUGUGACUCUGAGUGUUAAGUCUAAGAUUUGAUGGAUAGUGCUUAGGGUCUAUUCUUUUCUAUCUCCUUUUCUUUCUUCAUUUUUUUCCAAUUUCAAGUAUUGAAUACAAAGAUAGUAAUUUAGUGGUAAUCAAAGAAAUGGAAAAACAUGUUUUCUUUUUAUAAAUCUCGAAUUUUUCGGUUAAUUUAGAUGAAAUUAAUUACUUGUACACAUAUUUUGAAUUUUUCCGAAUAUUGAGACCUUUGACAAUUAAAGAUAUACAGACGAA